CAAGACCAGAAUACCAGAGAGGGGAGAGAGAGAGAGAGAGAGAGAGAGAGAGAGAGAGAGAGAUUGCUUCUGCAAUCGGAAGACAGAAACCUCUUUCUCCCUUCAUGAGUCAAUGAAUCUCCGUCUGUACGGAGUCAAACCCUAAAGCGCUCCUUCCGUGCCCUGUUCGUGACCGUUUUCCGACCACCGAAAUUACGGUUACCGGAAUCUGACGCAUCAUAGCUGACUGACUUCCAUGGUUCGAGUCUCAGAACCCUAAAGAGGCCUCCUUUUUUCUAUCUUGCUAUCUCAACAGAAAAUACUGAGAAAGGGAUAUAGAGAGAUAGAAGCAUGUACGUGGUUCCGCCUCCUCCUCAGGUCUCUGAUGCGAGCAUUGGCGCUGCAGGCGCCGGCGGGCCGCCGCCGCCGAGGACUUACCAAACCUGGAAAGGCAGCAAUAUAUUUUUUCUUCAGGGGAGAUUUAUUUUUGGACCAGAUGUGAGGUCACUGUUUCUAACUAUUUUCCUUAUUGCUGCUCCUGUCACAGUCUUCUGCAUCUUUGUUGCCAGAAAAUUGAUGAGUGAUUUUUCUCAUGACUUGGGAUUAUCAACAAUGGUUGUUGCUAUUGCAUUCACGCUAUAUGAUUUGAUCCUUCUUUUGUUAACCUCUGGAAGAGAUCCUGGUAUAAUACCUCGUAAUGCACAUCCUCCAGAGCCAGAAGGCUACGAUGCGAGUGCUGAAGUUGGGGGUGGCCAAACUCCACAGUUACGUUUACCUCGUAUGAAGGAUGUUGUUGUUAACGGGAUCACUGUGAAAAUCAAGUACUGUGAUACUUGCAUGCUUUAUAGGCCUACUCGCUGUUCACACUGCUCAAUCUGCAAUAACUGUGUGGAACGGUUUGAUCACCAUUGCCCUUGGGUUGGCCAGUGUAUCGGGCUGCGAAAUUACCGGUUCUUCUUCAUGUUUGUUUUCUCGACAACUCUUCUUUGUAUAUAUGUCUUUGGAUUCUGCUGGGUCUACAUCAAGAGGAUCAUGGAUGCUGAGAAUACAUCAAUCUGGAAAGCAAUGAGUAAGACACCUGCUUCUAUUGUGCUGAUAAUCUACACCUUUGUUUCGGUCUGGUUCGUAGGUGGCCUCACUGUUUUCCAUUUAUAUCUAAUCAGCACAAACCAGACUACCUAUGAGAAUUUUAGAUACCGAUAUGAUCGGCGUGCUAACCCAUACAACAAAGGUGUGGUGGAGAACUUCAAGGAGAUAUUCUGCACCAGUAUUCCGCCAUCCAAAAACAAAUUUAGAGCAAGGGUGCCACAGGAACCUUGCUUGCCACCUCGUUCUGUGGGCGGGGGGUUUAUUAGUCCAAAUAUGGGAAAAGCUGUUGGAGACAUAGAAAUGGGUAGAAAAGCUACAUGGGCUGAGUCUGGGGUUGGGAUAGGUGAUUUUGAAGGGCCGCUUAGCAAUGAUGAUGCUCUGGACAUCAAGGAUAGAGAGCUUGGUGACAUAUCACCAGAUUUAAGCACGGCGAUUCCUGCAGAGAGUAUGGAUAGCCGUGCUGGAACAAACAACAGGCGCUCAAGUUGGGGAAGGAAAAGUGGGAGCUGGGAAAUAUCACCUGAAGUUCUUGCUUUGGCAGCCGGAGUUGGUGAAUCAAACCGAGUGGGAAAUGACAGUCUUUGCAGUGUGACAACCAGCAGUAGACAAUCUCAAUCAGAACCUAGAUUGUAAUUGAAUAAAUAUAAAAAAUAGGGGUUUAGUGUAUGGAGUGUGUUGUUUGGGCUCAAGCCUCCACCCUUAGCCGUUGGUGGUUAUGCAAGUAAGCUGGGUUAUAGUGGCAGCAUGAUAGCUAAAAACCGACAUUCUCAGGUAGUUUCUAAGCUGUAAAAAGAAUCAUGGGAAGGUUUAAAAAAUUCAUGUAGUAGGUUGCUUGGAGCUGGUACUUUGUUCUUCAGAACUUGUUUCAUUGCGACAUCCCUCUUUCUUUCUUUCUUUCUUUCUUUUACUUUAGCGGUUGGGGUGGGUUGAGUUGAACCAAUUGUAUCUCUUAUUUCCUAUUGGAAAGGUGUGCCAUUAUGAGUUCUAUUUACAUUUUC